AUGAUACUCCGAAGCCUGUCCCGAAAACACUUCCUGCUUGACAAGUGCAAAAGGUUAUUAUCGGUUGGAGUUGAUGAAGAAAUACUGGCAGAGAACAUAAACGGCAAGUUAAUUGUGACGUUAAAUCGGCCAAAGAUUCUAAAUGCGUUGAAUAUAAGUAUGGUGCGUAAAUUAUAUCCGAUGCUGAAGAAAUACAACAGUGAUCGAAGUGUAUCGUUUAUAUUUGUCAAAGGAGCAGGUAGCAAGGCGUUUUGUGCCGGUGGCGAUAUUGUUGCUGUGUCACGUUCUGCUCAAGCAAAUGAUCCAUCAAAUACAAUAUACAAGGAUUUCUUUCGCGAGGAAUACAUUAUGAAUCAUUUGAUAGGUGUCUUAAAGGUACCAUAUAUCGCCGUAAUGGAUGGUAUCACAAUGGGAGGAGGUUGUGGUCUUUCUCUCCAUGGAAAAUACAGGAUAGCAACAGAGCGAACAAUACUGGCAAUGCCUGAAACUUCUAUUGGUCUCUUCCCUGAUGCCGGAGGAACGUUUUUCUUGUCACGAUUACCAUACAAUUUGGGUCAUUUUAUGGCACUCACAGGGUAUCGAGUGGUAGGCGCCGAUGUUUAUCAUAUGGGUCUUGCUACUCAUUUCGUUCCAUCGGGAAAACUGAAGGAUCUUGAAGAUGAACUGCUCAGGACGGAUAAUAAAUUGUUUUCGGUAGAAAAAAUAGACCAAAUUUUGAAUAAAUACCACAUGAAAGAAAGUGAAAUACCCAAGUUUGGUCUUGAAAAACGACUUGCGCAAAUUGAUUACCUGUUUAAUGGUAGUACGGUAGAAUCAAUUUUCAAAAAAUUGCGAAACGAUGAUGAUUUUGGCAAAAAACAAUUCAAUAUUCUUAGAACGAAGAGUCCAACAUCGCUGAAAGUAACUUUUCGGCAGUUAAAAAUUGGUUUGAAGAUGCAGUUUCGCGAAGUUUUUACAAUGGAGUAUCGUCUCUCCCAACGUUUUAUGAAAGACCAUGAUUUCCAUGAGGGUUGCAGAGCAAUUCUUAUUGAUAAGGAUCAGAAACCGAAGUGGAAACCUGCUAGCAUAGAAGAAGUUACAGAUGAAAUGAUGGUUGAGUACUUUGCACCUCUUCAGAAGGAUAAAGAAUUGAUUAUUAAGGAAUUGGAAACUUAA